CUUUACGUAGCAUCUGCGAAGUUCCUUUUCGCCCUUUAUUCAUGGUGAUCAUCAACAAUUGACAAGUCUGUCGCCCCAAAGUGCCAAAAUGCUGAAGGCUUUCUCUAUAUCCAACAAGCGAGGAGAAAUUCUCUUUAUCUCAACUUUUGAGCCCAGUGUGACCAAAGAUGCCUUCUACCCAUUCCUGUCAGAGAUCUCAUCAUCUCCACACGGAGAUCCCCCUCCUGCCUUUACAAAAGACGAACACAACUAUGUGUAUAUUUUCCGGGAUGACCUUUACUGGGCUUGCAUCAUGGGCAGUGGGAGACUGACCAAGCAGUGUGGACAUAUGCUCAUAACUGACAGUUUGUGCCAACUUCAUCGAGUAUGUUCUACCCUGUGUGGGACAAUAACACAGCACAGUAUCACAUCUAAUUUAACACUCAUUGCUGAAGUAGUACAGGAAACUAUGAAUGGAGGGUUUCUACAAAUGCAGGCAGCAGAUAAACUACAGUCACACAUUUACAGUAGUGUUGUGACUGCCAAAGAGAGUUCUGUCAUGACAGCAGCACCUGGACUGUUUGGCAUGGAGAAGUCUGCUCCUUGUACUGCUGCACAACAGUCAGCUUUGGCAGUAGAUAAUAGUAAAAGGGAGCUUUAUGUGGAUGUUGUCGAAAAGGUUUGGGCUUCCGUAGCAUCAAAUGGGACAGUGAUUCGUGCAGAAGUGACAGGAUCUAUAAUAGCCCGCUGCUUUCUUGCAGGAAACCCUUUGCUUACCAUCACCCUAAACUCUCCUCUUUGUACAACACCAUUAGAAGGAUUCAGCACUGGAGCCAGGAUGUCAGAGGUAGAAUUUGGCACUGGAGUAGAGGUAGCUGGUGGAGAAACAGGUCGUCAGCUGAGCGUGAUAACAUCCCCAGGACACGAAGUGACUAUAGCUCGCUACACUGUGUCCCCAGACCACCCGCACCUCCUGCCCUUCAAUCUUGCUGCAUCAUUUCAUAGUCUAACCGCAAGUGACUGUGAGCUCAGAUUAAAGUUAACAAGCAAUACGGGAAUGGGUACUCUUGCACCCCAAGUGACUUUCCGGGCAGCUGCACCCCCAACCACUGCAGCAAUCAUGUCCAGGACUUCAGGCCCAAAAGACCAAAAUAUCAAGUUCUCCCCAGAAGAUAAGACUAUUACAUGGACAAUAUCACAGUUUCCAGGCGGCAGCUAUGCACAAGCUUUCAUAAGGAUGGUGGAUGCAGGUGGUAAUGCUACCAUAGAUUCAGGGGAACUGGACUUCGAGGUAUCCCGUUGGGUGUGUUCAGGAAUCAGAGUCGAAAGAGUGAAGUUGAAUCCAGCCUUAAACAGUGUCAGUAAAUGGGUACGAUAUCUCACUACCUCAGACAGUGUUAGUAUCCGCCUAAGUUAGUUUUCAAAUCUGUGCAUUGAGUGUCAUAUUUUAAGCUCUUCAUUUUGUAUGUAAUGUUGACAGUAUUUGAUUGUUGUUUUUCAAUGGCUGGAGAUUCAGGAUCAUAAAAGUGUGUAAUUAUUGUGUAAAUGUGUAUUGUAAAUGAAAUUUGAAGAUAAAAGUGUGCUCUAUAUCAAGAA